AUGCGAUCUUUCGUUGCCUUUGCGGCUUUGGCCCUUUCAGCUGCUGAUCUGGCUUCUGCCGGUCCCUGCAAGCCUCGUCCUACCACCACAGCCGACACAACUACCUUGGCUACCACGGCUGACACGGCCACCUUGGUUCCUACCGCCACAACCGAGACUUCUGCUAGUGAUGCUGAUGCUACCACUCUACCCGAGCCUCCCACCAACCAGCCCAUUGUGAACUCCUGCAAGGGUGGUGGCAUGACUGACCUCACUGUCUUCAACCUUCAGGGCGACGUUAAGGCCAAUGGAGAUGACGGCUACACCGCUGAUGGAAGUCAAGAUCAUGCUUGUGCUCAGCUUUCGGCCCAGUCUACUGGCGGAACUCGCAAGCGUCAGGAUGCUGGUGAGGUCGCUGCCAUUGGGCAGGAUCUCUCCGGUCUGAACACUCGCACCAAGUACACCGUUCAAUUCUAUUACCGUGUUGCUACCCCCCCUACUGGUGACACUGACUGUAGUAUCGAGGCAUACAUCGGUAAUCUUCGAUUCUUCGACGCUGGUAUCUUUGCCAACGGCGCUAGCCCCGGCUACAACCAGGUCCUUGUCUCCACCAGUGUCCCUGCCGCUCAGGGUGAGCUGAACAUCAAGACUACAUGCACCAAUGGCGGCUCUGCUUCUGUUCUCGUCGACUCCAUCUUCAUGUCCAACCAGGUCACUCCUGAGAAUAUUGACAACUACCGCCUUGACUUUGGUGAUGGUCAGAUUCGUGAGCCCGCCAACCAGCCUGCUACCACUGUCGGUACCCAAGCUCCCGCUACUACUCAAGAUGGUGCUGCUACUGGUACCGAGGAUGCUGAGGCUACUACCACUGCCGCUGGCGGAAACGGCAACAACUCUGCUCAGCCCACCACUACUGGCCAAGAUGGUGAAGAGACCUCUCAACCCACCCAGGGUAGUGGUUCCCAGUCUACCACUAGCGCUGCUGGAAAUGAUAAUGAUGCCACCACCCAGACUCAAGGCUCUGGCUCUCAACCCACAAGUGCCACUCAGGGCUCUGGCUCUGACGCCACAACCGAGACUCAGGGAUCCGGCUCCCAACCUACCACUGCUACUCAGGGUACUGGCUCCGAUACUACCAGCGUGACUCAGGGCUCAGGCUCCCAACCUACAAGUGCCAGCCAAGGCUCUGAUGCUACAACCCAGACCCAAGGAUCUGGAUCUCAGCCUACCACUGUUACUCAGGGCUCUGACGCUACCACAGCUAGCGGUGACUCUACUGAGACCAAGACCGAUAGUGCCGAGACAAAGACUAGCGAUGCCGCCUCAGAGCAGACUCAGAGCUCUGAUGCUGAGACGCGCACCAACACUGCUGGUUCCGACCAGACCCAGACCCAGACUGCUUCCUCUCAGGGUACCCAGUCUAGUGCACCCGCGUCUGAGCAGACUGAAGCCACUUCUGUUGCUACAACCACUGCCCCUGUUGACGCCGAGUCUACUACCGCCCCUGUUGCCGCCGAGUCUACUACUGCCUCUGUUGACGCUCAGUCCACUACUGCCCCCGCUGGCACUGACUCUACCUCUGUCGCUGUUGUUGAUGAGGCUGCUACCACUACCACUGCUACUACUGGUAACGAGUCUACUUCUGCCCCGGUUGAUGAAUCUGCCACUACCACCACUGCCCCUGCUGACUCAGAGUCUACUACUGCCCCUGUUGACUCAGAGUCUACCACCGCCCCCGCUGGCACUGACUCUACCUCUAUCGCUGUUGAUGAGUCUGCAACUACAACCACUGCUCCUGCUGACUCCGAGUCAACCUCCGCUUCCGUUAGUGAGUCUGUUGCCACCACUACUGCCACCUCUGGUGCUGAGUCUGCCACUACCACCGAUGCCUCUGUUACCGAGUCUGCUACCUCAACCGAUGCCUCUGUUGUAAGUGAGUCUCUCAUUACCACCACUACAACUGCUGGUACCGAGUCUACUUCCGCUCCUGUAAUCAGCGAGUCCUCAGCUACUAGCUCCAGCACUCCUGAUGAAACCACCACCUCCUCUUCCUCCGAGGCCACUCAGGCCUUCGUUGCUCGCGCUGAGCCUGCUCGCACCAAGUGUGUCGACGGCAGCAACGCUGUUGAGAACGGUAACUUCGAUAACGCCGCUGCUGAAUGGACCUUUGCCGGAAGUGCUGUUGCUGUUGAUGAUGAGGGACUUGGCCCCAGGGCCCACACCAUCGGCUCCUACGGCGUUGGGUUCACCGGACCCGACAGCGGCUCUUUCAGUCAGACCAUCAGUGGCCUCGAAGUUGGCGAGAGGUACUACCUCAGCUACGCCUACUACGUCGCCACCGGUGAUAGCCCCUCCGAGAAUGAUUGUUCGAUCAAGGUCACCUUCGGCACUGACGAGGUUGAGUCUUUCGAUCCUGUCCAGGAUUCUGAGGCCCGUGACGGAUACCGCAACCGCAUCUACCAAGUCUCUCCCAGUUCCGAGGACAGCGAGCUCUCGUUUGAGCUUAGCUGCAACAACAAUCCUGACACCUUCAAUCUCAUGAUGGACGACAUCUACCUUGUCCGCUGCGACGAGUAA